UUGCAAAACGUACCAGUCUUGUCCAAUAUAUAUCCACUUUUCUCUCUCUCAAUUAUACAAAAUAUCUGGAGAUAUAUUAUUGAUAGAUUGAACAGCAGGAGGAGGAGGAGGGGGAGGUAGGCUAAUCAUUUCCAGGCUAAAAAAGCAUUAAAAACCAAGCUAUGCUGCUGCCGUGUCUUCAGUUUUAUUGAACGAGAUUAGUUGCCGUCAUUGUGCUUGGAUAUGUUUACUUCUAAUUAGGUGAUUUGAGAUUGGUUAGUGGAUUGCCAUGUCAGGGAGAGUUAGGCCCUCUGCCUUGUGGCAUACUAAAGUUUCUUUCAAAUAGUAGCAUGGAGAAGAAAAAAAUAGAUGAAUAUGAACCAGGACCGCCUCCUUCACCAAGACCACUGGAUAGGUUUGGCUUUGUGAAGCAAGAGGUUAAUAAUUCACCACAUGGUUUAACCAAAGGAAGGUCAGCUUAUGAAUUUGAGAGGGAGGAAAGAAGGGUAAGAAAAUGGAGGAAGAUGAUUGGGGUUGGAGGGAGUGAUUGGAAGCAUUAUGUUCGAAGAAAACCUCAUGUUGUUAAGAGGCGCAUAAGGAAAGGAAUCCCUGACUGUUUAAGGGGUCUUGUUUGGCAGUUGAUCUCCGGAAGUCGAGACCUUUUGCUGAUGAACCCUGGGGUUUAUGAGCAACUAGUUAUAUAUGAGACAUCAGCAUCGGAGCUGGAUAUAAUUAGAGAUAUUUCUCGGACCUUCCCAUCGCAUGUUUUCUUCCAGCAGAGACAUGGUCCUGGUCAAAGGUCGCUGUACAAUGUUUUGAAGGCUUACUCUGUGUAUGAUAGAGAUGUUGGAUAUGUUCAGGGGAUGGGAUUUUUAGCUGGUUUACUACUUCUUUAUAUGAGUGAAGAGGAUGCUUUUUGGUUGUUGGUUGCAUUGCUGAAAGGAGCGGUCCAUGCUCCAAUGGAGGGAUUAUAUCAGGUGGGUCUGCCUCUUGUACAACAAUAUCUCUUUCAGUUUGACUGCUUGAUGAAGGAGCAUAUGCCGAAACUGGGAGAGCAUUUCACCCAAGAAAUAAUAAAUCCUAGCAUGUAUGCAAGCCAGUGGUUUAUAACUGUUUUCUCAUACUCUUUUCCAUUCCACUUGGCCCUUCGGAUUUGGGAUGUCUUCCUUUACGAGGGUGUAAAAAUUGUUUUCAAAGUGGGUCUGGCACUGCUAAAAUAUUGCCAUGAUGACUUGGUCAAAUUGCCCUUUGAGAAGCUUGUACAUGCUUUGCGUAAUUUCCCUGAGGGUGCAAUGGAUCCAGAUACAGUACUGCCUAUGGCUAACUCCAUCAAGGUGUCCAGACGUUUGGAAGAGCUGAAACAGGAGUAUGAUAAGAAGAAUGGAAAGCUUAGUCAUUCCACAGAAAUUAACAGGAAUCAGGAACAGUUACAAUGAAGGUUUUUCUCUUCUUUCAAGGGAGCUAAGCCUUUAGUUAUUCCAUACAUUCUGAUUCUUUUAUUCUUUUGUCAUGAGCUAUCUUAUAGUAUGAAAAAUGUAUAUAAAGCAUUUACUUCCGUGAUGGCCUGAUGCUCCAUAGUUGCUUGGUGGAGUUGAAAAUGUCCAUGAAACAUGUGAUGCAUACGGAUUAGAGAAAGUAGUGUGACAUUAGUGGUCAGAUCUAGUCAUCUCCUACUAGGAUGGGAUUCUCUUCUUGAUUGUAAUGCAUUGAAUAUGAUAGUGAUAAAGAUGAUGACUAGAUUGUGUCUUUUCAGCAAUGAUUGCAUGGGAGGUGUGUAAUUUCGGUAUAAUAGUUCAAGAAUUAUUUUUAAA